AUGGGUGCCAAGUCAGGAACCGCUCUCAAGUUCCUUCAAUGGUUCAUUCGUGGCAUUCAAUUUGCCUGUGCAGCCCUCAUCCUUGCCAUUUACUCCUACUUCUUAGCCACGCUUCAUAACCACAACCUUCACAUCAGUGAUACCAUCCGCGCCGUGGAGGGAAUCUCUGGCGUAGCUGUUCUCUACACUGCUGCAGCUCUGGUACUUGUCUGCUGUCUCGCUGGCCGUACACUUUCUUCUCUCUUGGCCAUCAUACUGGAUGUCGCUUUCAUCGGUGCAUUCAUCUAUGUUGCUGUUGCCAACAAGGGUGGUGCCAGCAGCUGCACUGGCUAUCUAGACACUCCAUUUGGUAAAGGAAAGGCAGGAAACACUGCUGAGGGAAGUGAUGGAUUCACUGCUUUGCCGAGCUACCGCACGGCCUGCAAGCUCCAUAUCUUCUUCAUAUUCUCCAUUCUGAUGGAGGUUGCCCUUGCUCGCCACCACCGUAAGGAGAAGCGCUUCGGCCCCAGUCCUGCUAACGAUUACACCUCGGGCUAUGGUGCCAAGGGUGGAUUCCUGGGCCGUAUUUUCCGUCGUCGCAAGGCUGCCGCCGCCGAAGAAGGUCAUGACUUGCCGGAACAUACUCACCCUGAUCAGCUCGAUGCAUAUCGUCAGAGCCACGCCACAGAUCGCACCGCCGUCAACAACUAUCCUGACAAUACCUACAACAAGUACGAUAACACCGGCUUCAGUUAUCAAGACCCCAAGUAUGGGCGCCAGGACGGUUAUGGUCAGAUUCACUACCCUGAGCCUGAGUAUGGUGUCACUCAACCGCCCGCUCGCCAGACUGAGAAUACAAACUAUCGCUAUGAAGACGGUGUUUAUGAUCGCACUUAA